CGCCGUGUCUUCUUCAAGGACGAGUAAAAGUGAAAGCAUCUUAAUUAAUUUAAUUGCAAGAUUUUGUCAAAAAUGUGAAUUAAAUUACGCUAGAAGAAACAGUGAUAGUAAUGUAAAGUGAUUAACAUCAUAACAUUAUGUUAAUUUUGUUAAUGUUAAUGUCAAACGUUAGGUUCCCACUUGCUGCCUUAUGUAAAUGCCAGAGUGUCAUCUUCUUCCCAAACCAAGCCAUAGAUAAAUCAUAUAACGGCGCACGUGCAUAUCUUCUGUAUACAUCGACAUGCAUAUAAAUAUACGUACCUUAAAUAGCAAUAAAGCUUAGAGCACUGAAAACGGGUGCUUUCUGCCCGUUACGUGUCAACAGCUGAUUUUGGCUAAUAAGGUACCACACUCACACGUACAACAUCUGUAUGGAUUAAAACACACACACACACACACAGAAUUGUCUUCAUCGGCUUUGAGCGCGAUUCUUGGCGAUUUCAAAUGGCUUUAAUACGUUGCUGCUUCGAACCACCUGAACUGCCUGAGUUCUUCGAUAGCUUUGUACAGAAAUGUACCGAUCCUGGUUGUUGCUGCGGCUGCUGCUCAGCUUUGCGUCCGCGCUACAAGCGGCUCGUGGACAACAUAUUCCCCGUCAAUCCCGAAGAUGGUUUGGUCAAGUCCAAUAUGGAGAAGCUGACGUUCUAUUCGCUAAGCUCGCCCGAUAAGCUGGAUCGCAUUGGCGAAUAUCUCUACCAGAAGGCAACCAAGGACAUCAAUCGCAAACGUUACAAGCUGGCCGAGAUUGCCAUGGAGGCUAUGGACCUGCUGCUGCAGGCUUGCCACGCCCAGACAACCCUCAACCUGUUUGUGGAAUCGUUUUUACGCAUGGUGCAAAAGCUGCUCGAGGACUCGAAUCCGAAUUUAAAAAUAAUGGCUACAAAUUCGUUUGUUAAGUUUGCGAAUAUAAACGAGGACACGCCCUCCUAUCAUCGGCGCUACGACUUCUUCAUCUCAAAGUUCUCGUCCAUGUGCCACAGUGACAGUCAGGAUUUGCGUGACAGCCUGCGACUGGCCGGCAUUAAGGGGCUGCAGGGCGUCAUACGCAAAACAGUGUCCGACGACCUGGUCGAAAAUAUUUGGGAAGCCCAACACAUGGAGAAGAUUGUGCCCUCGCUUCUGUUCAACAUGCAGUUCUGUGUAAACGUUAUGUUUCUGAAGAAAAAUUUUCUGGCGUCCGGCGACCUCACGCCCAUUGAAGAUGCCGUCAAUGUGACACCGCCUGUGCUGGCCGAGGAGGUGCUGCGCGAACUGGUGGGACGUGCCUCAUUUGGACACAUACGCAGCGUGCUAAAGCCGCUUUUGACGCAUUUGGAUCGUCACGAGCUGUGGGUGCCCAACAAUUUCGCCAUACACACAUUCCGCAUUGUGAUGAUAUCAAUACAGCCGCAGUACUCGUACACGGUGGUGGAGACGCUCAUGCAACAUUUGGACUGCAACUUCAAGUCGUCGCCGAAGACACGCACCUCGCUGGCGGUGGUGCUGUCGAAGAUAAUUGCGAUUGCAGCGGGCGAGAGCGUAGGUCCAUCAGCUUUGGAUAUUAUCAACAAUCUGCUGACGCAUCUGCGCACAAGCGUCAGCACAACGACCGAAAUAACGCCCGAAGAGUCGCAGUACCAGGAGGCGCUUAUCAAUGCGCUCGGCGAGUUUGCCAACCAUCAUCCAGACUAUCAGAAGAUAGAAAUCAUGUUGUUUAUCAUGAACACUGUGCCCGAUCUGUCCAAGAAGAGCAAAAGCGAUCAAAUGCUGCAGAACAUAUUGCUCAAGUCACUGCUCAAAGUGGGAAACCAAUACAGCACAGUAUCCUUCGAGAAAGCCUUUCCCGCCUCGUUUCUGCAACCCCUGUUGCGAAUGGCGCGCGCUCCACACGAUCCCACGCGCAUGAUUGUCAUGCAGAUCUUCCAGGCGCUGCUUGAUCGCCACCAAAACGAGAAGGUGCUCAGCACCGUAAGCGUAAAGCCGUAUCCGGCUCUGUCCCAGGAGCCUCCAUCGCGCUCUGAUAUCAUUUUCACGCACAAAUAUGGCGCAAACAUCAUGCAGGCGCUCAUCGAUAGCAUGGCGCUGUCGGAUCGCGUGGAUGCCUUGACAGCUAGCUACAAUACAGCUGCUCUGCUCAUUGUGGAGAUGUCGUGCAGCGAAACAGUGCAGGAGUUCUUGCUGUUCAUAUUGGGCAUACAGCAAGUGGCCAGCACUGUCGAGACCUUGGGCGCCGUGCACAGAUGCAAUCUGCACGCCAUAUCCAUUGGGCUUCUGGUGCUCAUCUCACGCGUCAGCGGCAUCAAUAAUUUGCUGGAAUACGCGCAAAAGAUUGUAGAGGCGCGCCGCGAAGAAGCCGCCUACUAUUUGCCGCCUUUGUUGGAACCCAAAAAGGUGUCUACGAAGAAUCUAAACCUGUCUUUACCACAUCUGGCUAUCGAUAAGUUGGCGCUGGGCGAAUGCAUGCAGAAUGCGGGCAUGGAUGCGCAACGACUCAAUACCGGUGCACCGUAUACGCUCAACCAGGCCGACAAUCCGGGCCAUCGUCACUCCUGGGUUGAAUCGGUUAGCACGCACAUGACGCAACGCAAUAGCUCCGCCGAUCUGACCCUAUAUAAUGGUGAUGUGGACAGCGUUAACAGCUCACCGGGCGUAUGCAAAAAAAUCUUAGCACCAGAGUUUAACUUUGAUGCAAUGAAACGCGCCCUGGCCGAACCGACAGAGGCGGCGAAACGGGAGCAGCGCGAACGACAAAUGCAAAUUGUGCGUACCUUCCGCGAGGGCGAGUUCGACGAUUUGGUGCGCCGCACCGAACCGAAGCAUGAUCUCAUUCAAAACCGUCUGAAUGAACUCUUCAACUCGCUGGCCGUGGAACGCCAGAUUACGCUGAGCGACAAUAAGACAGCCCCACUGCAGACCAACAAUGAGAAACCCGUCUACGAGACGAAAUUCCCAGAGCUGUUCUACUACUAAAACAUAUAUUAUUUGCAGUAACCUGGUCACGGAAACCGUACGUAGUAUCAAUAGUAUAUAAUAGCGAAAUUGUUUGUAUAUUACGGGCAGGGUAUAGAUAUUUUUGACCUGGUCAAUUUAAAAUUAAAUUUUUGUUAUUACAUGCUAAUACUUGUUUAAGAGAAAUAUAAACGUUAUGCUUAUAUCUGAAUAUAUAUGCUUAUAUCUA